AUGGCGAAAACACGUCAACUAAUUACCAGUAUAAUUGGAGUUCUGUGCAUCAUAUUUUUACCAAUUAGUGAAAGUCAUCCACAGUGUUUGGAUUUUAAACCCCCAUUCAAACCCAAAACGAAUCACGACUUCUGUAACCAGUAUUCCAAUUUUGGUUGUUGUUCUAAAUCUAAGGAUGACAAUAUUCAGAACACCUUUAACUCUCUUCGUUCGUUGGUUAGUGAAGGAACGUGGAAUAAAUGUCAAGGAACAUUAAAAGAUCUGAUGUGUCAGGAAUGCUCUCCGUAUGCAGCUCAUAUUUAUGGAGUAGAGGAUACGAUGGGAGACAAUCCAUUUCCUGGAUUAUGUAAAAAUUAUUGUGAAACUUUAUUUGAUAGUGGAUGUAUGGAAAUAACCAAAUUAAUAGAUGUGAAUAUCACAGCUAAAGUAGAUCUGAAUGAUAAAACGAAGUUCUGUAACCAUGUGAAACUCUCAGACGUCGACUAUUGUUAUCCCGAACUUUUACAAAAUGAUAUGCUCAAUGGUAAUAUAUCUAAUGUACAAAUCACUUCCAAAGGAUGCCUGUGCCUUGAACCCUUCUUCCACAAUUUGAGAAAUCCAAUUUUUGCUCGAAGUCCGCCUGAUGGCAGUAAUAGACUGAUUAUUGGUGAACAACUUGGAAUUAUCUAUGUAACAUACCCCCAAGAUAAAGAUAUUUUACAAACCCCUUUUCUUAAUAUCUCUCAUAAAGUGAAAACCACACCAAGAGAAGGCGAUGAACGUGGGUUAUUUCAGAUCGCUUUUCAUCCUAAAUUUUUAUCCAAUAAUAAGUUUUAUAUAUAUUAUUCAACACAUCUGGAGGAACAUGAACGUAAUAUCAAAAUCAAGGAUCAGAUAAAAGCUAAUCAUAAAAUUAGAAUAAGUGAAUUCGUGGUCUCAGAAUGGGACGAAAAUGUUGCUGAUCCUUCUACAGAACGUGUUAUCCUGGAAGUUUAUGAACCUUAUUGGAAUCACAAUGGCGGUGAGUUGAUAUUUGGUGACGAUGAGUAUUUGUAUUUGUUUAUUGGUGAUGGUGGUAAUAGAGAAGAUCCCCUAAAUGUAGCUCAAAAUAAAUCACAUCUAUUGGGAAAGGUGUUACGAAUCAAUAUAGAUACUGGUAGUGAUCAAAUACCAUACACCAUACCAUCAGAUAAUCCUUUUGUUGGUCAGCCUGGAGCACGAGGGGAAAUAUAUGCUUUGGGGGUUAGAAAUAUUUGGAGAUGUGGUAUAGAUUUGGGAGACAGACAGACAGGUAGUGCUGGGAAAGGAAGAAUAGUUUGUGGUGAUGUGGGUCAAGAUAAAUUUGAAGAAAUUGAUUUAAUCACGAAAGGUGCCAACUUUGGCUGGAAUGUCUGGGAAGGUGGUGAUUGUUUUAAUGGGGAAACUGAGAAAUGUAAUAGUCUUGGUCUGGUAGAUCAACCCAUAUAUUAUUACAACCAUAGUUAUGGGAAAUCGGUGACAGGGGGUAACUUUUACCGAGGUUGUGAGAACCCUAAUCUAGAUGGAUUGUAUAUUUAUGGUGAUUUUAUGAGUGGUCGUUUGUUUGGAUUGAAACAAGAUAACGAUACAAAUGAAUGGAAAAAUAAAGAAUUAUUUAUGUGCGGUCCAGAUAUCUGUAAAAAUAAUCUAGUUGGAAAGUAUGAUCAAUAUAUCAUUUCAUUCGGAGAAGAUGAAAAUGCCGAAAUGUAUAUGUUGGUAACAAAGAAAGCGGAAACUGAUGGUUUUACAGGCAAUAUUUAUAAAAUUGUUGAUCCUAUUAGGUGA